CAUUUUGAAGAACGGAUUUGUAGAUUCGAGAAACGGAUUUGCAGUCAUGGCUAGUAUCAAGCUCUCGACUCUUCUGCUAUGCGCGAUUCUUUGCACUGGUUUCUUCUGUGGACUAACAUACGCAGAAGUUUACGCCUAUCCAGGUGACUGUUCGAAAUACCAGCACUGCGACAAUAGCGGAUGCUUCGUUUUAUCGUGCGGCGCAGGAACAGAAUUCAAUCCAAACAUCGGUACCUGUGAUUAUCCUCUGAUGAACCGUCAGGAUUGUGGGAAUCGCGGAUAAACUGGAUAAUAAAAUGCUUGAAAUUUCGACGUGAAUGUAAAAAUGAGAAAGCAACAGCAUUAUGAAGAAGGCACCACAAUUUCCACAACUUUUGUGACUUG